ACGUUAUUGACUGGCAGUGAGUGUGACGUCAGGCGCAGAGGAGUCGCAUCAAUACAAAGCGUUUUGUGUUUCCUUUUCCUCUGCAUUCAGGCAUUCAUUCAAUCAGUCGUUCAUUUGGUUGUGAAUUGUUGUACAGAACUGACCGCCGAUUCAAAGACACUCUUCAAUCCAAACACUUUUUACCGUUUCAGUGAUGAGAGCGAAGUGGCGGAAGAAGAGAAUGCGAAGACUGAAACGGAAGCGAAGGAAGAUGAGGGAGAGAUCCAAAUAGACGGUCACCUCAGGCAUCGGCGUUUGGACACUAGUGACCACCGCUGAUGGACAACAUUAGGGCGUUUCGCAAGACUUUGUUUUAAUGACAACACUC